AUGGCCUCUCGCUCCCGCCAACCAGCAUUUCUCCCCCCAGCAGGACCCGAUGUUGAUCCCAAUGAGGGUCGUUUUUCCAGGUUCAUGCGAACAGAAGUUUGGGCGGCAGAUAAACGAGCAGGGAAUCUCAGUCUCCUCACAGGCACUGGCCUGUUCUUCGGGUCUAUCGUUCUCGUUCGCAACUUUGGAGAUCUCCUCAUCCCAGCUUAG